GCAGACAACAACAAUCUCGGGCCGUUCCUUAAAAGCCGGAAAGCUGUCGGAACACAUCAAGCACUGCUCCCGACCCCCCCUCACUCCCGGACGUAGCAUCUCCACCAUUGAUCGCAAUGGGCACAACGACACCAGCAUCACAAGCAGCACCUCCACAGCCGUCCACGCCGGCAUCGACGACGAGCGAGGCGACCAUGACGCCGACGCUCGGCCCAGAUCUCGAGGCAGCAGGCGGCGAGAAGCAGCCACCCGCCAGUGCUCCAGUGGCACCCGAUGCCGCUUCCGCCGACGCGUUCGAGGUGUCCUUCGACGGCGAGGACGACCCGCUCUGCCCGUUCAACCUUGCCUCCUGGCGCAAAUGGCUCAUGGUCGCGACGCUCGCCAUCUCGUGCGUCUGCGUGACCUUCACAUCGUCCAUGACGGCCAACACGUACCCCGGGCUCGAGGCCGAGUUCCACAUCGUUGAGGAGGUGGCCAUCCUCAGCAUCUCGCUCUUCGUCAUGGGCCUUGGCGUCGGCCCGCUCUUCCUCGGCCCGCUGUCAGAGUUCAUCGGCCGCCAAAAGGUCCUUCUGUGGAGCUUCACCAUCUUCACCUUGUUCAACCUCCCCGUCGCGUUCGCCAACCACAUCGUGCUGUACCACGUCUUCCGCUUCCUCACGGGCUUUGCGGGCUCGUCGUUCCUCAGCGUGUCCGGCGCGGCCAUCACCGACGUCUUCCCAAACCACAAGGUCGGCACCCCCAUGAUGAUCUUCUCUGGCGCGCCGUUCCUUGGCCCCGUGGUCGGUCCUCUGGUCUCCGGCUUCAUCGUGCAGAACCAGCCCGACUGGCGAUGGGUAUCGUACACCCAGCUCAUCUGGGCGGCGGUCAUGACCGUCCUCCUUUGGGUCGUCAUUCCAGAGGGAUACCACCCGGUCGUGCUGGCACGGAAGGCCACGGCCCUCCGCAAGUCCACCGGCGACGAGCGCUACUACGCGCCGAUUGAGCGCGCCAACCGCUCCUUCGCGAGGGAAGUCGCGAAAUCGUGCAAGACGCCGUUCAUCCUCCUCGCGUCCCAGCCAAUGGUCCUCUUCCUCGACAUCUGGAGCGCGAUCGUCCUCGGCGUCAUGUACCUCUUCUUUGGCGGCAUCCCGUUCGUCUUCCGCACGCAGUACAACUUCAACGUGCAGUCGACGGGCAUGGCCUUCCUGGGCAUCGGCAUCGGGCAGGUAUGCUCGGCGCUCACGCAGCCGCUGUUCAACAAGCGGUAUGCGCGGCGCGCGGCCAAGCUCGGCGCGCCGCCGCCGCCCGAGGACCGGCUCUACGCGGGCAAGUACGGCGCCGUGCUCUGCCCGCUCGGCGUGCUCCUCUUCGGCCUGACGUGCUUCAAGAGCGUGCACUGGAUCGUGCCGAUCAUCAUGACGUCGCUCUUCGGCUGGGGCGUAGGAUACAGCUUCACCAGCGUCUUCACGUACCUCGUCGACGCGUACCGCCCCGUCGCAGCCUCGGCCCUCGCGUCCAACUCGUUUGUGCGCAGUGCGUUCGCCGCCGUGUUCCCCCUCUUCGGGCAGCAAAUGUACCGCAAGCUCGGGCCAGUCGGCGGCACAUGUCUCCUUGCCGGCGCCCUCGCCCUCUGCCUCCCCUUCCCAUUCAUCUUUGCACGUAUCGGCGCGAGGAUAAGGGCAAACUCAAAGUUUGCCAACCCCAUUUAAUAGAUAUUAGAGCCAAACGGGUCCAGGCCCCCAAUCCGGGUAAUAGACAUAUACUGUACUUGUACUGCUCUGUACACUACUGCAUGCAUG